ACGUGGGGAAGUUGCGCACCGCUUUUUCUGCGUUGCCAUGGGGUUUUUCUAAAAACCUAUUGACUACGACAGGGUCCCCGCUUUUAUUUGAGUCUGCCUUUGUGGAGGCGGAGGAAGAAACUGCUGUUACUUUUUUUUUUCCUCCUUCUUCCACAGACUGGGGGAGCGUCACAAGCAGCAUCCACAGGAGGAGGAGGGGAGGUUGGUCCACGGCACAGACCCACUCACUGCGAGCAGCGCGCAACGCACUGCACAUCCAUCUGUUCUGCUUCGCUUUGGGGAUUUUAGCCAACUUUGGGAGCGCUGACUUGACUUGCACCUUAAGGUAUCACGUCUUCAGUGCACCGGAGAUAUGAACUGAGGAGACAUUGGAGAGCACUCGUUUCUUGACGUCAAAUAUCGAUGAAAAUCAUGACAUUAAGGAAGAGCAGGGGGAUCAUCUGCAUUCUCGCUCCAGUCACCUUUUUCUGUGCCUUGCAUAUGACUACACCCAUUGAUAUUCCACUGGAAGUUUUAGGUCAUGUAAACAUUGAGCAGCUGCCCACCAUCACGUCCCAAUCACCAAGCUCCCUCAUCGCCUUCCCGUUUGAUGAGAGUUUCCCCAUGACGUGUGAGGCCAAAGGGAAUCCCGAGCCAGAGUUCAGAUGGAUGAGAAAUGGCCAGGAAUUCGACCCUUUUUUAGACCCCCGCCUGAUAAAAGAAGACACAUCUGGGACCUUUGUGAUACCCAAUAAUGGGAACCUUACAGAGUACCAAGGAACAUAUCGCUGUUACGCCUCAAACAAACUGGGGACCGCCAUAUCCAAGGAGAUUGAAUUCAUCGUCCCAUAUGUCCCAAAGUUUCCCAAAGAAACUCUUGAUCCCGUUGUGGUGGAGGAAGGUCAGCCUUUCACCUUAAAUUGUGACCCGCCCAAAGGAAUACCCCCUCUUCAGAUCUAUUGGAUGACUAUCAACCUCCAACAUAUAGAACAGGAUGAGCGGGUGUCUACAGGCUUGAAUGGAGACCUCUACUUUUCUCACGCCGUGGAGAAGGACAGCAGGAGAGACUACUGCUGCUUUGCCGCCUUCCCAAGAAUACGAACCAUCGUUCAGAAGACAGCCAUGUCUGUCAUCGUCAGGCCAAAAAAAAGUCAUGGCAUGAGUCCUGAAAUUGCCAAUGCCAUCCUGCAGAGAAAACCCCUGCUUAUGACGCCCUCUGGUGGUAGAUCACAGAAACAGCUGGUCAAAGGAGAAGACUUGAAACUCGAGUGCAUUCCUGAGGGAUUUCCAACCCCACAGGUCGAGUGGGUCAAAAUGGGUCACACGCUUCCUAGUAAAGCCAAACUGGAAAAUCACGGAAAACUCCUGAUUGUAACAAGUGUUGACCAAGAAGAUAGUGGCAAGUACAUGUGCAAGGCUAAGAACAGCCUUGGAGAAGUGGUCCAUUACUUCACGGUAACCGUUGAAGAGCCUCCGGAGUGGGUGUCUGAGCCUGAGAAUCAGCUCAGUAUGAUUGGCUCAGAUGUGCUUAUCAAGUGCUCAGCUACUGGGUCUCCCCAGCCGACUAUAACUUGGAGAGUGAACGGUCUGCCUCUGCGUGAAGUCCCUGCAACUAACAGGAAGGUUUUUGAUGACACCAUCAUCUUGCACAAUGCCAAAGCGUCUGACAGCGCAGUCUAUCAGUGUCAAGCAUCCAACAGACAUGGCACCCUCCUGGCCAAUGCAAACAUCAUGAUUAUGAAUCUCCCUCCAAUGAUUCUUACAAAAGAAGGGGAGGAUUACUCUGCUGUUGAGGGGAGGAGAGUGAUGAUGCACUGCGAUGUCUUCAGCUCCCCACCAUCUACUGUCACUUGGAGUAAAGACGAGUCAUCGGAAUCUGUGGUUGGGCCAAGGGUCACCAUCCACGAAAAUGGCUCAUUGGAGAUUUACGCCACUGAAAAAGAGGACACAGGACAGUAUACAUGUUACGCCAAAAACACAGAAGGGUCAUCGGCCAUUGAAGCCACACUCUACGUGAAAGAUCCCACCAGAAUAAGAGUGGCCCCGGAAGACCAGCGGAUCUUAAUAGGCACUACAGCCCAGCUCUCAUGCCUGGCAGAAUACGACAAGUCCUUCAGCAACGACUUUGAGCUCCUAUGGGAAAAAGACAAUAUGGACAUCAGCUUCAACUAUACUGACAAUUCAAGAUACUUUGUGGAGGAUGGUAUCCUUCAAAUCAUCAAUGUAAGCCACUGGGACCAGGGUGUGUACACUUGUGUGGCGAGAACUCCAGUGGACCAGGACACGGCCUCUGUGUUGCUCAUGGUGUUAGACGUCCCUGAUGCACCUGAGCAUUUGGUACUGUCUGAACACAAGACCAAAAGUGUGAAACUGAAAUGGACUCCAGGGGACCAUCACAACAGCUCCAUCACAGAGUUUAUUAUUCAGUACGAGGAGAACCAGUGGGAGCCCGGAAAUUGGAAGGAGCUGCUCAGAGUUCCCGGAAAUCACGUUUCGGCCAUCCUCAAACUCCACGGCCAUGUCAACUACCGCUUCCGUGUGGUUGGUGUUAACAGUGUUGGGAGGGGAGCUCCCAGUGAGCCCACGGAGAGAUACAAAACCCCUCCGGCAGCCCCUGACAAGAACCCGGAAAAUAUCAAAAUCGAAGGUCAUUUACCGCAUGAAAUGGAUAUCAACUGGCAGCCCCUUUUGCCAAUCGAACACAACGGUCCCGGUCUUGAGUACAAAGUCAGUUACAGACGGCAGGACUUGGAGGAGGGCUGGAAAGAGCACACGGUGAAGAGACAUUCGUUUGUGGUGAAGAACACGCCCACCUUUGUGCCUUAUGAAAUCAAGAUCCAAGCGAGGAACAACCAGGGAUGGGGCCCAGAGCCAAAAAUUGUGACUGGCUACUCUGGCGAGGAUUCUUUCUUUUGGACUUGUCCCCAGGAGACCACCUCAGUUCCCUCGGCUGCACCUGAUGAUGUAGCUGUGGAGGUGAUAAACAGCUCCGCGGUCAAGGUCAGCUGGACCCGUGUACACAAAGACAAGUUGCAUGGACAUCUGGGAGGCUACAGGAUAAACUGGUGGCGUCUGCGAAGUCUACUGGAUUCAAAUAAACGCCACGGAGACAAACACACGGUGACAAUUCCUGGCGACCACAGCCACGCUACCAUACCCCGACUACAACCCUUCUCCGAGUACAGUCUCAUUGUCAUGACCUUCAACGGGCGUGGCAACGGCCCUGGCAGUCAUUCCGUCAACUUCAAAACCCCGGAGGGAGUGCCUGAGAAAAAUCCUGCUUUCAGGGUCACAGACGCACAAAAGCACUCUGUCUCUCUGGCGUGGGCACAGCCGAUGGAGCCGAAUGGGAUUCUGACUGGCUAUCUGCUCGAGUAUCAGCUAGUUAACGACACAGAGGACGUUGGGCCACUGCAGACUAUAGAUAUCAGCAAACCCGAAACUACCAAGUGGACGCUGCGGGGCUUGGAGCCUUUGAGCAAGUACAAGUUCUACCUGCGUUCCUGCACCACUGUGGGCUGUGGGCCCAUUGUCAGCGAGGAGAGCACCACCACCCUUGAAGCAACUUCCGCUCUGGCUCCCACUGAUGACCCCAGCAAAUCAGCUUCUCCCUCAGCUCCAAGUACGCCAAAGUCCCCAAUGACCAAAUCCGAUAUAGGUCUUGCAAGCAUCCAUGGAGGAAUAUCUAACCAGGGCUGGUUUAUUGGCUUGUUGUGUGCCAUCGCUCUGCUCACACUCAUUGUGUUGAUUGCCUGUUUUGUCAACAGAAAUAAAGGCGGGAAGUAUUCAGUAAAAGAAAAGGAAGACCUUCAUCCAGACGUGGAGUCCCAGGGUAUGAAUGACGACACUUUUUGCGAAUACAGCGACAACGAUGAGAAGCCGCUGAAAGGCAGCCAGCGCUCUUUGAGCAGAGAGAUCAAAGCGGGUGACAGCGGGGACAGCCUAGUGGACUACGCCGAGGAAGAUGCUCACUUCAACGAGGAUGGAUCCUUUAUAGGCGAGUAUGCGGGCCGAAAGGAGAAGAGGGUGUCAUCAGAGAUCAAGGCCAACGCUCAGAUCCCAGCGUGAGCAACACAACUUCCAUCCAUCUUCCGCUGUGCACACCGGUUUCAUUAAACCUGCUCAGAGGGACAAAUGGAAGUGGACACAGACGUUAGCAAUGCUGAGCACAAGUUUUGUGUCAAAUGCAAUGCGUCAUUGCCAACAGUAAACUGCCGCUGCCAUUUUAUAAAGCCCUUGUUUGUUUGGUUACCUAAUACCUAUGUAUACUGUACAUAAAUAUAGUGUAUAUUAUUCUGUAUGUGAACACACUUUUUUUAUCAUUACUUCAAUAAAAUGUAGAGGGCUUUUUUUAGUGAUUGUUAUUCUUUGAAUUGUCCUCCCCAAGGCGACAUGCUGGCUGUUUUUUGUUUGUCUUGUUGUUUGAAAGGAUCAGUCACUUACUUUUGGUAUUCAGGACAUAUUGCUAAAAUAUGAUGUACCGUGUCUGUAAAGGUUACUUAUUAACUUAUUUUUCCAGCGAUAUUUACCUGACAUAUCAUAUUUUUUAUUCUGCGCUACAAUUAAAAUGUUCGUUAUGUCACUCUCGGCAUAACAAGUGGUACCUUUGCUUUGCUUGUUAUAAAACUGCCCAGUUUACAUUCCUAUACAAUGUCAAAUGAUGGAUGUACAACAAAGGCAUUGCUGUCAGAAUUCCCUUUGUUUUCUGAGCAACUUGUUUUCAUCAUUCACCACGUGCCAUCCUGGUAAAGCUUAAACACGUUGCUGCCACUUAUACCUACUUCUAUUAUGUUAUCUGACAAACACAGCUGUUGCAUUGGUUGGUUCAAACUUUGCCAUUGCAUGUGCAGACAAUGACUUUGUGGUUUUUAAUGUAUUAAUUGCCUUUCCCGAAGUUGUUUUAAUGACUUAUCUGCCGGUUCACUCCUCACUGAGGUAUUUUUGUGCAAAUGGCUUUCAUAAUUCACCAUGUGUGAACACUUACUGUAGCUACUGUUUAUACCAGGGGUGGGCAAACCUUUGGACUCACAGGCAACAAAGAUGUGGCCGGGUGGGGACAUCUAUAUAUUGGUGCUCACGGUGCAACAAAAUGAAAACACGACACAUCCACAGCAAGUUAACGCAUCACAUAAAUCAACAACUAAGUGCUAAACAUAGCACAUACCUUAAAACUGUUUCAAAUGCCUGCAAAGCAUGCUGGGUGGAUCGCAACAUAUUUGCAAUCAAGCAAAAUGUUGGGAGAAAGAGAACCAUGGGCUACCCGUCAUGCCUUGUGGUCGUUUUUUGGCCUGGGUAUUGCACUUAGAUACGACCAAAUGGUGCAAUAGGUAAGUUAUGUGAUUUGUGUGUGUUGACGUGUUGGAUGGCUUCAUUGUCCAAGCAUUUUGGUGACUCAAACGUGCCACAAUAGUACUGCCAGUCAUGUCGCCGGCUACACUUUCCAGGUUAAAGGUUUAAAAAAAGAAUUUGUAAAUGCCUGGUGGGCCGCAUUAAGACGCUUGGCAGGCCGCAGUUUGCCUAGCCCUGGUUUAUAACUAUUUAUGUUGUGUUAUUUGACAUCACACAUAAAAUGACAGUCAUUGCAUUGUUUUGUCCAUUGCAUGUCCAGAUGAUUAGUUGGUGGUUUUUGAUGUAAUAAAUUGCCUUUUCCUACAUUGU